AUGCAGGCUUUAACAUGCACGGAACACGAUCAAGAUUUUAAUAUUCGAGAAGCGAUCGAGCAUAUUCGUCGCUCCCAUGCUAGUUUCAUCGGGCGCCCCGGGCGCGCUGGAGCAAUCGAUGGGCACAACCACAUGUGGUAUUGCUACGAUUGUGGCUCUAAUAUCAAAAAUCACCGCAGCUACGAUUCUGACAACGCGAUGUGGACACACCUAAAACGCAACCACGAAACUAUUGUUGAUUGUAUAAUUCCUUCCCAAGACAUCGAUUGGAAUUUGCAGAUGGGAUAG